AUGGAUGAACCACAGGAGUAUUCAGAUCCUAUUCUUAGUGAGUUCCGAGAUAGAACGCGCAUUGAUACAGCCAAGUUAGCGGGAUUAGUAGAAAAACAACAUCGGGGUACUUAUGGAAAAAGGGAUGAAGAUGUAUUAGAAAACUGUGAGAGAGCGUUGGUGAUAUACACGGAGCUUCUGAAGUUAAAGUUGCUGUUGAGAAAGACAUGGGAUUUGCAGGUGCUCGAUAAGUCGGUGCUAGUACGGUUUGGGUUGCGACCCGUUAAAGUUGCUAGCGAAGCCAUUGAGCCUAUAAAUACGACAGAGGAUAUGUACAGGGAUGUUGCGCUCAAGACUAUAGCGAAGUGCGAUAAACUAUCGAAGGCAUUAGAAGAUAUAACGGGCGGUGUGGACAGUACGUUACAGGUGAUCCAGCGAACAGUACGCGGACGAGUACAAGCAUUUUACAUGCGAGACUCGGUAUGCAUACUUCUUGAAUUGUGGUUUUUAUGUGGUGAAUUAUUGAGGGAAUUGAAGCGAACGGUGGCAUCAUUUUUUAUGAAAGCGAAACUUUUGCUCAUUGAUUAUGAGCUUGAGUGUGUGCAGCAAUCAAUUAUACUCCAGGACUCACUGAGAGAACAGUAUACAAUGCUUGGGGAGACGAUAAUUUCGUAUCGAUCGUUUAUGAAGGUGCUGAUUCUACAAUUACAGGAUUCAGAAGCGAACCAAGACGCUGAACUGUUCGAGGACUGCCUUGGUGUGUUUUUGGAGAUUGAGGGUAUGUACCAGUCGCUUAACAUGAAUUGGCUGCUUUUGGAAACCAAUUUGGUAAAACAUGAGUCCGCUUCGUAUCAAGCAAACGCAUUUAGUGAGGGAGGAAGUUAUGUGCUUGACUCACUUGAUCGAUUUGAGGAAGAUCCAGUUCAUGAAGACGUUUCAUGCGACGAAGCUAGUAGUGCUUCGCUAAGCCAUAUGGGCACGGAAGACACUGCUAUCUCUAGCGUUGUGUCUGAAAAGCGGCCAAUGGAUAUGGGUUUUAGGCGGCUAUCUGAACAUUCGGAUUUUUCAAUGAACAUUGAUCACACUUCUAUUUCUCAAGAAUUGCCAAGUUUACUUAAGGCAUUCAAUAAUGCUAAACGCUUAGAAAGGGAACUGGAGAGCUUAAGAGCGAGCCCAACACAUACCCACUCAUCAAGGCCCGUUUCACCAAAAAGGAACUAUCCUGUGUUUGCUAAUUCUAUAUCGGGAUUCAUACACGAACCCAGUAGUAUUUGCGCCAGUGUUCCUGAACAAUCAGGAGCAAUGGCACUGAAAAAUUUCGCUACUCAAAUGAAUGAAAUCAAUACUGGUUUAGGCGGAAAACUUGUUGGGAAUCUUAAAGAUAGACAAGAUAUGUUGAAACUGUUUUCACCUGGUAGCACUUCGAAUUUUGUUAAUCGACCACCAGGUCAGAUGCAAGGGUUUAGCAGUAACAUAUUAAACAGCUUAUAUGGAAUCAGAUCACCCCAAAGGUAA